AAUAAAGUUUUCUUUGGAAUCAACAAUACCCCUCGUAGCCAUGGAAGAUCAGACGAAGAAAAAGGAAAAUUUCAAGUAAAUCCUAAGAAAACCUUCUUCCAGAUUCCGACAGCCUUUUUCAUUAAUUCAACAAUAUCCAUCGCCCAUUCGAUCAGUCAAUAAUUCAAUCGAAAAUCAAAAUCGGCGAUGGGAACGACAGGUGGGAGCGACGUGGAAGCGGGGUUCGCGAAGCUACAAGGCGAAGACUUCGAAUACUACAUGCAAACCUACUCCAUAAUGCUCGGCCGCAACUCCAAGAAAUCCACCGUCGACGUCGACUUGGUCAGCCUCGGCGGCGGCAUGAACAUUUCCCGCCACCAUGCCCGCAUCUUCUACGACUUCACGCGACGCCGUUUUGCUCUUGAAGUCCUCGGAAAGAACGGCUGCCUCGUCGAAGGCGUCCUCCACCUCCCCGGGAACCCUCCCGUAAAGCUCGAUUCCCAGGAUCUCCUCCAAAUCGGUGACAAAGAAUUUUACUUUCUUCUCCCCGUGAGGAGUAUUCUCGGGGGAGUCCUUGCGCCUCGGCACCACGUGUCAAUUUACCAGGCGGCGGCUGCCACAGCUGGAGGGAUGCAGCAUCAUGGUUACCAUGGCGGGACAGAGACAGGGAGAUCAGUGGGUUCUGAGGGGGUGAAGAAAGCGAGGGGAAGAGAGUAUUAUGAAGAUUAUGGUGAAGAAGAGGAUGUUGGGAGUGGCGGGAAGAAGGUUAGGAGGGAAGAGUGGUAUAGUGGGGUGGAGGCCGGCUCCGUAGGAAAGGCAGGAUUGGCGGGAGCAUUAGUUCCGGCAGAGAAGAAGGGAGAGGGAAGAUCAAGAGUUGAUCGUGAAUCCGAUAAUCAACAACUUAUGCAGUUGGAAGAAAAGAAUGUGGUGUCAUCUGUAGCGACUGUGCUUUCUGAUCUUUGUGGUCCAGGAGAAUGGAUGGCCAUGGAGAAACUCCAUGCUGAGUUGGUUGAACAGUUUAGUAGUAUCUGGCAUCACAGCCGAGUUAGAAGGUAUCUUACAUCCGAAGACUGGCCGCGUCCAGAAUCGAAGGGGAAACCAUGGUAUGGUCUGCUUAUGUUGUUAAGAAAAUACCCAGAACACUUUGUCAUCAACACGAGAUCCAAGGGCCGGAUAACCCUGGAGUUUGUAUCCCUUGUGUCUUUGCUUUCAUAGGGUAAUGGUCAUCUUAAAGUCAAAGAAGUUGUAGGGUGUAGAAAAUGAUGUUAAUGUUUCUUUUCUUGAGAACCGCCCACUUUGAGCUCUUAACUGUCUUGUUGUGUAAAUGUAGCUCGGUAGCUGAAUGGCAGAAUUGAGAGUUUUUUCUGUCA